AUGGACAAACAGUGGAUACAGAAUCAUAAUAGAUGUGCUAUCGAGUACUUGGAUGGAAUAAAUGAUUUCAUUGAAUUCGCAACUAGACACAACCGAGGUUCAACUCAUAUUCGAUGUCCCUGUAGGAAGUGUAACAACUCAAUGAGGGAAACAUUCGAAAAUGUUCGAUUUCAUUUAGUAAGAAAUGGGAUGAUGGAGACCUAUACUACUUGGUAUCAUCAUGGAGAACGAUUAGACCAAGCUUCGUCUUCAUACAUGACAGGAGUGGAGACUGUUGAAUGUAAUGUGGAUCCUAAUGAACAAGUUAUGGAUAUUCUAAAUGAUGUUUAUCCAUAUGCUACAACCAACACCAAUCAGGAAGGGGGAGAUGACGGUCGUCCAACCAUGGAUAGUGAGGCAUUCAAAAACUAUGAAAAACUAUUGAAAAAUGCCAAGCAAGAAUUAUAUCCGGGGUGUGAAAACUUUUCGAUGCUCACAGCAAUUGUGGAGUUGAUGCAUGGCAAGAUCAAGUUUCGUUUGUCAAACAAGUGUUUCGAUUACUUUUUAGGAGUUAUCAAAAGGAUGCUUCCAAAUGACAAUUGUUUACCUGAAGAUCAUAAAAGUGCCCAAAAAGUGUUGAAGGGUCUUGGAUUGGGGUAUGAAAAAAUUCAUGCAUGUGUAAAUAAUUGUAUAUUGUUCUAUAAGGAGAACACACAGUUGGAUAAAUGCCCUGUAUGCAAUGAGCCAAGGUUUAAAAUGACAUCACAAAAUAGAAAGACCAAGAUUCCACAAAAAGUAAUGCGUUAUCUUCCAUUGAAGCCUAGGUUGCAACGAUUGUACAUGUCGAUGCACACCGCUACUGAUAUGAGAUGGCAUAAAGAAGGACGAGUAAAUGACGAUGUUAUGAGGCAUCCUGCAGAUGGAGAAGCAUGGAAAGAAUUCGAUCGAAUGUACCCUGAUUUUGCAGCUGACCCGCGAAACGUCAGAUUGGGACUUGCCACCGACGGAUUUAAUCCGUUUGGGGUUCUAAACCAAAUCCACAGCACUUGGCCGGUCGUCGUGUUUCCUUAUAAUCUGCCGCCUUGGAAGUGCAUGAAAAAAGAAUACAUGAUGUUGACUCUAUUAAUUACUGAAGAUCCAGGAAAGUCCAUUGAUGUUUAUUUGCGGCCGUUAGUAGAUGAGCUAAAAGAUUUAUGGGAAAACGGUGUUCGUACAUAUGAUAAGUAUACUAGGCAAAUGUUCACCAUGAGAGCAGCAGUGAUGUGGACAUUAAACGAUUUUCCUGCGUAUGCAAUGGUUUCUGGGUGGAUGACUAAGGGUUAUUUGGCAUGUCCAAUAUGCAAGGAGAACGUAACAUCGUCUUGGCAUGCGAGAAAAGUUUGUUAUCUUGGUCAUCGUAGAUGGCUCCCUUGGGACAACGAGUGGUGUCAGAACGAUAAAGCCUUCCAUGGCACAAAAGAGACUCGACCAAGACCAAGAGAAUGGUCUGGAGAUGAGAUUUUGGAUCAAUUAAACCGUUUGGAAUUUGGUCAUUUUGGCAAAGGGGUCAGUAAGCCCAGACCAACUACACAUCUGAACUGGACACACAAGAACAUUGAAGGAAAAACGAAAGACACGGUCGAAGCUCGCCUUGAUUUGGAACAAAUGGGCAUUAGGCCAUCCUUGUGGAUGAAGAAAGUUGGUGAUGGGUAUGCUUCCAAUAUCUCGCGUUGCGUGAACGUGAGAGGGUGUAAAUUUUCAAACAUGAAGAGUCAUGAUUGUCAUGUGAUACUCCAACGCCUUCUACCGGUUGAUAUUCGACACUUAUUGCCUCUUGAUGUGUUGAAACCAAUCGUGUUGUUGUCUAGAUUUUUUUCACAAUUGACUGCAAGGUGUUUGCGGAAGUCGGAUGUUAAACAAUUGCAGGACGACAUUGUGAAUGUCAUAUGCAAGUUCGAACAGAUAUUUCCUCCAGCUUUUUUUACAAGUAUGAUUCACGUGAUGAUUCACUUGCCAGAUGAGGCAUUGCUUGCUGGACCAGUCAAUUGCCGAUGGAUGUAUCUAAUAGAAAGAUAUCUUGGUGAGUUGAAAAAGUGUGUCCGAAAUAGGGCAAAGCCCGAAGGAUCACUUGUGGAGGCAUGGGUCGCAUAUGAGUCACUUACUUUUUGUGCAAUGUAUCUUCAAGAUGUUGAGACAGCUUUCAAUCGUCCUCAACGCAAUAAUGACGGUGGUGUCAGAAAAGAGAAACUAUAUGUUUUUGCCCAAAUUGCGCGACCAUUCGGCGAGCCUGUAAAAGGCGAAUCGUUUACCAAAAAAGACAUGGAGGUAGCGCAUUGGUUCAUACUCAACAAUUGUGAUGAGGUUUUGCCAUACCUUGAAGAGCAUGAACGGUUGAUGAAGCGAGAACAUCCUUCACAUUUAUAUGCCAAGAAGCACCGUGAAUUGUUUCCUUCGUGGUGUCACGAACAUAUGAACAAAUUGAAGGAAUUGAAUUCACCCUCUUACGAUGAAGAAUUAUAUAACUUGGCGAGAGGACCGCUUCACGUUGAAUUGUUCUCAGGUUGUCAUGUCAAUGGGAUCAAGUUCUUAGGGGCAACACGUGAUGACAAGUUGUCUACUCAAAAUAGUGGUGUCCACGUCCCGGGUGUUGGUGAUAGUGAAGACAUUGAUUUUUAUGGCAAACUAACUAGUGUAGUACAAUUGCUUUACAAAGACAGGUGUCAAGUGAUACUGUUUAAGUGUGUUUGGUUUGAUACAAACCCACAUAACCGAACGAGUGUUAAGCGAGACCAUGGUUUACUAUCAGUAAACACUACCAGAUGUUGGUACGAUGAAGACCCAUACAUUUUGGCAACUAUGGCGAAACAAAUAUUCUAUCUAGACGACCCUAAAGCCGGCAAUGGUUGGAAAGUUGUUCAGAAGAUUGAUCGAAGAGGGCUAUAUGAUAUUCCGGAACUAGAUCAUGAUGACAACGACGACAAUGUCGCUGACCAACAGUUUUCAUCUUUGAUAGAAUUUGGUGAAGAAACACUCCGGGAUACUAAUGUUGUCCAAGAACCAUUUGAAGUAGCUAAAGUUCCCGAAUUUGAAAUAUCAAUUGACCUUAGUGAUUUGCCACGAUACAAUGCACCGGAAGAGGCAAACGAAGAUGAGGACGAAUGGAAAUCCGAAAAUGAUAGUAGUGAGGAUAGUGAGAGUUAUUAUUGUAGUUCGGAUGAAGAUUAA